AUGUAUUAUAUUGUUUUCAUAUUAGCAAUUAUAAUAUUAUUAGUGUUUUUAUUGAGAAAGAAAGAUCCAGAUGCAAUAUUCGGAAUAUACUCUGUGCCGGGGAAAUGGUAUUACUUAAAAUAUGUAGUGUUUUCGUGUCUUUAUUAUUAUAGAAAGUACUCUAAGAAGAACAAUGGCGCUGGUACGGACGGACAAGCGGGGCAAGGAGUCAAAGCUAUCACAAAUAUAUCAGAAAUGGACAGAGCUCAACCCCUGAGUGACCAUGCUAAGGCAUUUGAUGCGGUCUUCUUCAUAUCAGCGAUUAAGGAGGAAGGCGAUAAAGGAGUUUACGUGAUUUCCGGCUGUGAACGACGACCGAUGGGAAUGUGCAAUGGAUUAUUUUACAUAGGGUUGCCAGGUAAAGGUCUCCUCUGCAGUAAGAAGAUACCAGAUACGGUACUAUUCGGUGCACAAAUCGGUGAAUUUGGAGCCGAAGGGAUAAUGAUGACUCCUGUAGAACCAAUGAAGAAGUGGACUGUUUCCUAUAAAGGGCCGAUGUGGUAUCAAAACAAUCCAAACAAGGUGGUAGACGUCGAAUUCAAUGGCGAGUGGAACGCAACGAGCAAUUACUUCGACUACGACUCCGACCUGCACCCGCCAGCCGUCAUCCGGUCCAUCGCUAGAGAAAAGUGGAGCAGAGAAUACUUUAAAGGACUUAAGACAGCACAUCAAUCUCAUUACGAACAAUUCGGCGCAAUGAAAUGUAAAUUCAGGAUAGCAGACGAAACAUUUGAGUACACGCUGCCAUCGUUCAGAGACCACAGUUUUGGUCAGGCGCGUGAUUGGACCCUAAUGCAUAGAUAUGCAUUCCACCAUAUCUUCUUAGAGGACGGAACUAGUAUCAGCGUUGGUGUUAUUUGUCAGCCAUGCACUGCCACCAGUAUGGAAGCAGGGGUAGUGGGUCUACCCAACGGUGAUGUUUUGCCAAUUAAGUGGGUCGACCUGAAGUUGUACCAGCACGGCGAGGGCGGCUCCGCACCACGAGACUAUGCCUUCAGAAUACAAGCCGGCGACGAAGUGUACACAAUACAGGUUUUGGUGGAAUACGAGUCUAUUCAUUACGUUUCUCAAGAUUGGGACGCUAGGAUGGUAGAACGGUUUUGCAAAUUCAUUGUAAACGGCGUGCCCGGACGAGGUGUGUCUGAGUUUCACUACCGACACAAGGACGGCAGACCGGAGUCUGUGGCUAAGAACGACCCAGAAUGGUUUAGGAAGAUGUGUCAUAAAAUAUAAAUGCUAUUGAAUAUAU